AACUGCUUUUUCACUGUCAAGCGAUGCCGCUGGCAUUGGUAAUGUCACCCCUGCCUCCAGAAGAGAAAGACAAACUGACAACAGCCACCAACACCGCCAAAUCUGGGGUUCCAGAGUCCUCGGUACCGUUUGCCCACGAAGGGGCGUGGCCACGGGACCCAGGCGUGGGAGCCAGAACUGUUUGCUGCUCACAGAAGCGCAGAUUGUCGCCAAGGUCCGGGCCGGGUCGGGUCAAGUCGGCGCGGGGCGGGGCGGACAGGGCAGUGCUUUUAAGAGGCCAGGCGUGGGACAACUGAACGACCCGCGCCAAUGGAGACCGCCAUGGACUACGCGGGAGCCCUCAUCAGGCCCCUGACAUUCAUGGGACUGCAGACUAAGAAGGCCCUGCUGACACCCCUCAUGCAUCCAGCUCGUCCUUUUAGGGUCUCAAACCAUGACCGAAGCAGCCGGCGUGGGGUGAUGGCCAGCAACCUGCAGGAGCUUAUUAGCAAGACUCUGGAUGUCCUGCUCAUCACGACUGGCCUGGUCACACUGGUGCUGGAGGAGGAUGGUACCGUGGUGGACACAGAGGAGUUCUUUCAGACCUUAAGGGACAACACACAUUUCAUGAUCUUGGAAAAGGGACAGAAAUGGACACCGGGCAGCAAGUAUGUCCCAGUCUACAGGCAACCGAGGAAGUCGGGAAUAGCCAGAGUUACCUUCGACCUGUACAGGCUGAACCCCAAGGACUUCCUUGGCUGCCUCAACAUCAAGGCCACCAUGUACGAGAUGUAUUCAGUGUCCUACGACAUCCGCUGCACAAGUGCCAAGGCCAUGCUAAGGAGUCUGCUGCGAUUCGUGUCCUACGCUGCUCAGGUAGCAGGACAGUUCCUGGUCUGCGCGGGCACAUACAUGCUCCGUGUCCUGGCCGAUACAGACGAGCAGCGGUCUCCCAAGUCUCCCAAGCCUAACGCCAAGGGAUGGUUCAUGUAAACAGGUCACAGCGCCAGAGGCCCAGGUGCAUGCCUUUCGUAUAAAUUCACCACCUUCGUUUAGAGGCUGCGGGAUGCCAGGGGGAGGCAGGGGGCUUUGUAGUACACAGUGCUGGAGGGGCGGGGGCUCAGCAGCAAGGUUCCUGCAGGGAAAAGGGACCACAGAGAGGCCUUUCAAGGGCCUUCAAACGGCCUGACAGCAGAGUGUCUGGGAGCAGUGUGCAUAUGAAUGGGACUGUUUGGAUCCUUGCCUAUUGUAAUAAACCAAUCACAAGAGUCUCUUUAA